AUGGAGAGAAGGGUGCCACGUACGUUUGAAGCGUACGAGGACGAGGCUGUUGGCAGCUUCGUCCACGUCAAGGACUUUGGCGCCACCGGUGACGGAACGACCGACGACACAGAAGCGUUCCAAGCAGCGCUCUGGGGCAGCUCAGGCAAGAUCCUGUUUGUGGAUGAUGGCUCGUAUCUGCUGACGUCGACCGUUACAGUGCCCCUUGGCACCAAGAUGGUGGGCGAGACUUGUUCACAGCUCGUAGCGUAUGGCUCGUACUUCAGCGACGCCAGCAACCCCAAUGUCAUGCUCAAGGUUGGUGACGCCGGCGAAGUCGGUGACAUCGAGUCAUCUCGAAAACAUUCGUGCAUUAAUGUUAGCAAUGCGCCAAUGAUGCUGACUGAGCUUGCAAACAGUCAAGCUUCGGAAGUGUAUUAG